AAGGUCAGAGAGCCGGUGUACACUCUGUGGUUAGAAUAUUAGGUUAUUAUGAUUCACAACACAAAAGUUUAUUCAACUACGUAGCAGUGAAAAUACGUAUUUAUUCAAUAUUCGUGAUUAAUUUUGUAAGAGUUUUUCAGUAUUUACCAUCGAAUGACAGGAAAUACCUGAAGUGAUACGUAAUUAGAGAUGGCUCCACAUUCACCAGUCACGUUGGUGGGAGACACUCUAGGCCAACGGCACCGACACCUCAACUCGUUGGUGCGCGCGGCUAGAGAGAGUGGAACCACGGUCCAAGAUGUGGAGGCAGUACCCGAGCAGGCUCCAGCCGACCGACUGUUCAAGGUAGACCUCGCCGUCUCACUCGGAGACGCAGACUACAUCCUGCGGAACCUGAAACACGACGACAUGCUGUUUGUGAGCAGAGCGCUGAAGGCCCGGUGGCUGCUAGACCGCCAUGACGUCAUCAACCCUCAAUAUUUGGAAGACACUCUCUUCCCUGAAAUGGUUUCCCCGGCAGUCUCCAAGAUGAGGCACUGGCUGUACAUCAACCUGCGGGAACCCGCCAAGUGCCAGGAGUUCUAUGAGUACUACAAACAGAACUCGUUCGAGUUCGCCAUAAAGUUCCUCAGCCGCUGCAGCAAUCGCUUCAUACUGGAAGAAGUCCCCAAGAUAUUGGCCAAACUGUCGCCUCACUAUUUAAAAGUUUUGUGCGAGAAAUGCUCUACAGUCGCCAAAAUAUAUUUUGAUUCGUUGGCGACACAAGACGAUGUUAAGAAAUGCUAUCUCGAUCAAGAACAGGCCUACUACAAUAGUAUAAAAUGCGUGCUGAAAUCGGAUGCCGAUGUGUUUCUAGACAUCACGGAAAAGUAUUUUAGCUUUGAUAAGUUCAAGAGAUUCAGUCCACUGGCGACUGACUACAUCGUGCGGUGCCAUAAAUCUAGAGUCACAAACAAGUUGGAGCUGUACGUGGCCCACAUUUUGCACAUCCCCACACUGGCUGCGAGGCUCAGUGUCGACGAGUGCCAGGAAGUUGUGCUGCAGCUUGCUAGGGCCAGCUACUUGCAGCACUGGUUCCAGUACAAAGCAGUAGAACCGCUGAUUAAACGUCUACAUCCUCAAAAGAGAGCUGCCUUCAAGAAACGUGUAUUUGUUGACAAAGACGUCGGUGAAUUAGUGCAGGAAUGGCCGUAUGAGACUCCUUCUUCCCCCGCGGCGGAGCUGGACUCCGAUUCACAUGUUUUUGAUGAUGCAGAGCUUGAGUGUGUUUCUGUGCUUGAUUGUGAACCUCGAUGCGGAUUUGCUGGGGGACGACUCUUGAAGCGUUCGUAUCGAAAUGUUGAAUUUGCCGAAUGCCUAAUGCGAUGCGGUGAUGAAUAUGAUGAUUGUAUGGUGGUAAAAGUGAAAACAGACUUAGAUAGGUUGUUUGAUGAAUUUCGUUUCAUUGGAUUUGAUCACGCUCUGCAGGAUCUGAGUCAUCGAGUAGGGCAAACAGGAUCCACGGACAGGCGACGUGAUAUUUUUUUGGUUUUGGUAAGCAAAUCCGGCGGUCGCACCGAGGCAGUGACAGCUUUGCUUGAGCUUGCCGUACGGCACAGUAACGAGCCCGCGCAUACCCGCGCCUCUGUAAUCCGCAGUCUUGUGAAGCGAGCCGCCGUGUGGCGCCUCCCUGCCGACGUUUGGCAACUUCUGUUGGACUUUAGCCACGGGCUGGGGCUUGAUGGUGCGACCCCUGAAGCGCCGUGCCGCGAGGGGCUGCAUGCUGUUGUUAUUCGCCAACUUUUAGCUGGCCAGUGCGAUCCAAUCAUUCGAGAUGCUUUUCUAAAAGACUUUUCAACUCUGGCAGAGUAUUCCUUGAAACCGAAUGAACGGAAGCGUGUCGCUGAUAAUCUCCAAAAUAUGUUGGCAUCGGCUGCAGUUGGUGUGGAGCCUAAGGUUGCUGCGGACCUGCUGAAUAAAUUGCUGGAUGUGCUAAAAGUAUAUCGCAUUCGUGUAGAAGCUUCUUCACUAGCCGUGAAAACUGUGACCGCUUUGGCUGUCCAAGAUAAGGAGCUCGCGCGUCCUUUAUUGGAGCGACUCUACAACGCAAGGAUAGCACGACGUGAGCUGUUGCGCCUCAAUAUGAUGUUUCGGCGAGAUGAACAAGCGCUGCUGAAUGCUCUGCGUCAUGAUCCAUUAGCGCUUGAUGUCACACAAGUUGUUGAUAUCCUGACUGAUCGCAGAAGAGACUUCGAUAUCUUUACUGCAAAACUAGCUGUGUACUUUGUUCAAAAGCAAGAUUUCACACCUAAACUCAGGAAUGCACUGAAGGAAAAGAUUUCAAAGCCACUGGACAAGAAAUCUGCGCACGUUAAAUUAGCCCGACCAUUAGCUAGUAUUUUGUCUCAGGAGUUUAUAACCGAAUUGAAGAAGUUAGAUCAAGCGGGUAAAGAAUAUGUGAUGUUACAAGCGCAGCUAAGAGCUUGCGCACAUCGCGCCCGGCCUAUUGUUAAUUUAGCGGAGUGGGGCUGGAGUAGGGCUGGCGUGAAGGCAGUGGCAACGCAUGUAAUGCGCUGUCGUGAAAUAGAAAGAGCUGAGUUUAUCCGCACAUUAGCGGCGGAGCGCCGCACGGUUCGGGUGGCCCUAGCACUCAGUUUGCGCUCCAAAGAAGGACCAGUGCUCGACACCUUCACUUCGUUUGCGAAGCUACGUCCCGCGGCAGCUCUGCGGGCUGGCUUGCAGUAUUUCCACCGACGAGGCGACACUGCUGAGCUAGGUGUUUGGGAUAUCAUUAAACCGUUGCUAUCCACGGUAGAUCUAAAACGCCACAAACAACUCCGUCAAGUACUCGCAAACACCGAUUGGAUACCGAAUCCCAUAAAACCUGCAUACAUCACUGAACUUUAUUCAGCUGUGCACACAAUCUCUCGUUCCCAUGCUGAUAGGCUGCUCCAAGACCUUUGUAAAAUCCUGCCCGAAUGUGAUGAAUCUAUUGAAAAUGUACUACUUCAUACGUUUGAUAGCACAAAUGAGAAACAGAAUCUUUCUGGUUCUAAUUCUAAUUCAGAUUCAGAUGACUCUAAUAUUGCCGAUACUGAUAUACUAUACCCAGCUCUUUACAUCAGAUACUUGAUGCUGGCCAAAAGCAAUGAAGACCUUGAAAAAAGGUAUUCGAAAAUUGGGAUUCGUUUCAUUAAACAAUUAGAAAUUUUGCGCUCUAAAAAGGACAAGAAAUUUAAGACAAGUUUAGACCAGGUUUUAGCAAGUUUACGAUACAAUGCAGCCUUUUUUGAUACUAAAUAUUUAUCAUGUUUGUUGGUCAUCCAAAAGAUUUUGGAUUGGUUGCAAACGUUUUUGCCAAAAGAAAAAUACUUUCAAAUUUAUGUACAAAUACACCUGACUAUGUUGUACUUCAAGGCAGUUAGGCAGAGCAUGAAACAGUUGCCAGAAGUGUUUGCCGACCCGAAGAGGAAGAGGACGGAGGGCGUGGAGGCCGUAGGCUUUGUGUUCGGGAGGUACAUAGCGAAGGAGGUCUCUGAACUGGUCACUACAUACUUCGACUCUAUAAUAGAACUUUACACAGCGGCUCUCGUUGGCUAUUUAGAAUCGUUCCAGUAUGGUGUUUCUAGAGAUAAGUUUAUUGGACAUGCUUUGAAGGGUUUCCUAGUGGACGGAGUUGGCCUCCAGCGUCGUUUGGCUGUUUACACGUACAGAAGGUUUCGGUAUGACGUCACCAAAGAUAUGCUGAAAGAAAUAGAAGAACUACUGAGUAAAGACAAAGCCAUAGAGAUGUUUGUACAUGCUGAGAUUUGUGACUAGGUUUGUGAGUCAGGUCUGCAUCAAUCAUUAGAAUAAAUCUUCAUCAUUCAUAGAAUGUUUAUCUGUUAAUCACUUCAAGUGAAUAUAAGUAUAGUCGAUCUAAAUCGACUUCACAUUGUCGUUGUCCAGCACAAUGUAUUUACUUUUUAUUAAGUAUUCUUAAACUUAUAGUAUAGUCCUACUAUCCUACUAAUAUUAUAAAUGUGAACGUUUGUAUGUUUGUUACUCCUUCCCGUCAAAACCAUGUACCAAUUUAAUUUAAACUUGUAUCGAAGUGGGAAAUGGGGCGUAUUGUCAUCACAAAUAUGAAAUUAUUUGUAAUAUUAUAUUAAGUGUUACAGUAAUAUAAUAUUAAGUUGCCAUCAUUAGGUAGUAUGAUGACUACACAAAAUUGUUUGAUAUUAAUCAUGCACAGUUGUUUGAUACUAGAUUAGCGUGAUGUUACGAUCAAUUUAUUUACACUCCAAACGGACAUAAAAGAUAUUACUUUAUGUACUUUUUUAACUUUAAGUAAAUACCAUCAGGGGGCCGUGUACAGUCUUGCCACAGUCGUGGUAUAAAAAAAUGCUCUUUUCCAUCGUCAAUGAACUAUCAAUUGUCAUAAUAAGCUGAUUUUGGCGCGAAAUUUACUCGGGUAGCCAAAUGUGAUAAAUAGCAUUUAAACCACAAUAAUCUUGCAAAAUGAAAGAUCUGAAAGACUGAAAAAAGUACAUCUCUUUUAUUUACUCACUUGUUUGUAAUUGUUGUAUGUUUCGCUUUCUUAUUCACACAAAUAAUAAAAUCUUACGUGGAGUAAGAAAGUUGAUACUUUUAUUUUUGCUACAGUAACUUUAAUAGUCAAAGUUAUAAGUAAUAUUGAUAUUAGAAGCUGUGGAAAUAGAAUUCAAGGUACUAAAACCACAAACUCUCAUUAAAAGGUAGAGUUUCUAUAUAACUCAAAAAAUAAUCAGUAUUUUUAUAUUAUUUUUGUAUUUCGUUAAGAUUUAUGUAACUAAUUGUUAACUUUAUAUGUAACAAAACUGUUAAUCGCAAAACGCACAUAACUUUUGUAAAUGUUUUUAUUUAAAUAAAAUAUUUCAACACAA